AUGCGGUGGGAGCGUCGGUUGACUCCUCCCUUUCCAAGAUGGCGUCUCUGCUGCAAUCGGAGCGGGUUCUCUACCUAGUCCAGGGGGAAAAGAAGGUUCGGGCCCCGCUCUCGCAGCUUUACUUCUGCCGCUAUUGUAGCGAGUUGCGGUCGCUGGAAUGUGUGUCUCACGAGGUGGACUCCCAUUAUUGUCCCAGUUGCUUAGAAAAUAUGCCAUCAGCUGAAGCCAAACUAAAAAAGAACAGAUGCGCCAACUGCUUUGACUGUCCUGGCUGCAUGCACACCCUUUCCACUCGGGCUACUAGCAUCUCCACGCAGCUUCCAGAUGACCCAGCCAAGACCACCAUGAAGAAAGCCUAUUACCUGGCUUGUGGAUUUUGUCGCUGGACAUCUAGAGAUGUGGGCAUGGCAGACAAAUCUGUGGCCAGUGGUGGUUGGCAAGAACCUGAAAAUCCUCACACUCAACGGAUGAACAAACUGAUCGAAUAUUACCAGCAGCUUGCUCAGAAAGAGAAGGUUGAGCGAGAUCGCAAGAAACUGGCACGGCGUAGAAACUAUAUGCCUUUGGCCUUUUCGGACAAAUACGGGCUUGGAACCAGGCUUCAGCGACCACGAGCUGGUGCAACCAUCAGUACCCUUGCCGGACUUUCCCUUAAAGAAGGAGAGGACCAGAAAGAGAUAAAGAUUGAGCCAGCUCAAGCUGUAGAUGAAGUGGAACCUCUACCCGAAGACUAUUAUACAAGACCAGUAAAUUUAACAGAGGUGACCACCCUUCAGCAGCGCCUCUUACAGCCUGACUUCCAACCAAUCUGUGCAUCCCAGCUCUAUCCUCGUCACAAACAUCUUCUGAUCAAACGGUCCCUGCGCUGCCGGAAAUGUGAACAUAAUUUGAGCAAGCCAGAGUUUAAUCCAACAUCUAUCAAAUUCAAAAUCCAACUGGUUGCUGUCAAUUAUAUCCCAGAAGUGAGAAUCAUGUCAAUUCCCAACCUUCGCUACAUGAAGGAGAGCCAGGUCCUCCUGACUCUUACGAACCCAGUGGAGAACCUCACCCAUGUGACCCUGUUGGAGUGCGAUGAGGGAGACCCUGAUAAUAUCAAUAGCACUGCUAAGGUGGUGGUGCCUCCCAAAGAGCUCAUUUUAGCUGGCAAAGACGCAGCAGCAGAGUAUGAUGAGUUGGCAGAACCCCAGGACUUUCAAGAUGAUCCUGACAUUAUAGCCUUCAGAAAGGCCAACAAAGUGGGUAUUUUCAUCAAAGUGACGCCACAACGUGAGGAGGGCGAAGUGACCGUGUGCUUUAAGAUGAAGCAUGAUUUUAAAAACCUGGCAGCCCCCAUCCGCCCCAUUGAAGAAGGUGACCAGGGCUCAGAAGUCAUCUGGCUCACCCAGCAUGUGGAACUGAGCUUGGGCCCGCUUCUUCCUUAAAAGGUUUAUCUGUUGGGCAUAUCCCAAAGGACAGUAUCACCACAAGCUUGUGUUAAAAUGUGGAAGCUGCUGCUUCGGUAGGCCUUGUUUAUAAUGAUGUAGCCGUGCACUACUGAAUCCUAUUUCUAGGAGGGUGGGGACAUAAGCAAGGCAUUAGGAACGCUGGGUAACUGCUGUUCCUCUUGCUCUCACUUCUGUUAACACCAGUAUAUCUGUGUCUCCCUCACUGAACUCUGCACGUUGAAUAUCAACAGCAUAGUUUCAUCCUGAGAAAGGGGAUGGCUAUUCCUUGGAAUGGCAUUAGAUUUACCACCUGUGAAACUCUGACACACUGUCUGUCUCCUGAUCUGAUCUCACAAAGGAUCACAAUCUCACAAAUGAAACUUAAAAUGAUAACCAAAAGGUAGACUUGCUAGCCAUGAUCCUGUAUUGGUCUCAACUUGUACCAACUGCUUUCUGCAUUCCAUUAGAUAUAAACUAGCAGUCUGUAAACAUAACCUUUCACUUGCCAUCAUGGCUCCCAUCUUGCCAUAGAUUUCCAUUUGACAGAAAAAUACAGUUGUCACAUUGUCUUUGGUUUUGUGAUGAGUGAAAGAGCCUCUGAAAUUCUUAAGGCGCUUUGAUUUGCCCCCUUCUAAGUGAAUACAGUAUACUUAUUUAUUGACUGCUCUUAAAAUUUUUUCCCAGUAGACUAUGAAACUUUUAAGAAUUAGAGAGGCAAGCACUUACAUGUCAUGUCAAGGGGGUGGCAAAUUCCAUUCAUUUUAAAUGUUGCCAUAAUAUCCAGGGAUUAAUGCUGCCACAGGGAGGCAAUCUUUACAUGCCUUACUCCCUACCCCUUCUCUGCUCUGCCUCUCUAACUCAGUAGAUUGUCGUGUGUAUUCGGGACCUGGAAAGAGCCCAAAGAAAACUUGGUGGACAAGUUCACUUCUGGAAUGCAGAAAACAUUUAAAGGUUAGAUUUUUAGCAUGAUCUGAACUAAUGUUCUUUCCGUUGAUUUUAAGAGGAAAUUAAGUUAUAAUCUCUUGAAUCCAAAACUGGAUAUUAAGAAAAAGAACCUUUCUUGAGUUCGACUUUUAUUAUAUGGUAUGUCAAAUUAGACCAUUUUGAUUGUGAACUGUAAAAUAGCUCAGCAAGUAACCCAGAGCACUUGCCUCAUAGCCACGUGCUGUUUUCGGUUGGUAUCCUGGAGUUGGAUUAUUAACCUUAAUUUCUGUGAUGUUUUCCAAAAUGAGACUUGACAAAGUAGACAACCAGCUGCACUACGUUUUCUAUAAAAGCAUUGUGAGCAGUGGCCAAUGGACUUCUGGUGAAAGAAACUUCCUGUUUAUCCUGGUUUUGUUUUUAAGUUCAAGCCUUUACUUUAAAAAAAAAAAAAAAAAAAAAGAUGUAUAGUAAUGUAGAAUACAGACAGGACACAGUAUCUUGUCAGCUCCCCCUGGAAGAUAAGAAUAUUUAGGAAGCCUUUGAAAGACACUAAAUUGUAUUCUUAAGGUCAAGCAAAUUUUAUGAAACAAUGUUCCACAGAGUAAUAUAUAUGCUGCAGUGUAAGAAAAAAUACUCAUAUCUCUAAUAUGACAGAAAUAAGUAAGGUUUAGCCUCUUAGGAGUGGGGGCAAGGAUUGUGUAAUGACAAAUAUGCAGACUAUAGAAAUAGUUUAAUUUGUUGUGACCCAAGUGUUAAAUUAAUUUUUAUUUCACUACUUGCUAGAGCCUACUGUGAAGCCACUCCUCCAUAUUUGCCAGUGGAGGAAAUAGGCAUCAAAGUAGAGAAUAGCUUCCUAUGUUUGCACAUUUGCAUAGACUACACAUAAUUGUGUGUCAUAAGUUUAUGGCAUGUAGCUGGCAUUUUUUUCCCAAAGGUAAUAACGUUGAAGGAAUGGGUCUCAUCAACCCUCCUGUGACACAGAAACACAAAAACACUUGAUCAUAGAAUUUUUUUCAUCAGAAACUGAAUUAACUUGCAGAAUGACAGAGCCAUUGGUUUAAUAUUUCCUCAAGAUAGUUUUCAGUGCAAGCCAGUAUUCUGUGUUAGACGUGGUUCAACACCUGUAGCUAGUGAAUUCAGAAUUUUGUUGCUUUUUUUAUAUUAGAUCAGGUGCAAGAUUUUUAACGCAUAGUCAGUGUGCACCACUGCAGGCAAAUUAGAUGUCAUUAGCACUAGAAACUACAAUUUUGGAAACUUAAAGCUGUAAGUUUGGAUUCAUGAUUUGAUUAGCCCACCAAAGUUUUUCUUUGUUCAAAGUGCUUAUAGAUGUAAUGAGCUAAGUGUCAUACAUAUUUGUGAAGAAACAUCCUUUUUGGUCCCUUUUGGGAAUGAGAGGCAUUCCUUGAUCUUUAUGAAUGACAGGUUCCUGUUUUGCCUUAUUGCCUAAUGUAGUGAAAUAAAGCAGACAAAGCUCGA